AUGGCCAGCACCGAGUUAUACCGGCUAACAGCUUCCCAAGCCGCCGCAGGCAUACGCUCCGGCUCAUUCACAGUCGAGCAAUAUGCACAGUCCCUGCUCUCGCGGAUCAAGGAGAGAGACGACACGGUGAAAGCAUGGGCAUACCUGCACCCAGAACAGGUCCUCGACCAAGCAAGACAGCUGGACCACAUCCCGCCCGAGAAGCGCGGCCCCCUGCACGGCGUGUCCGUCGCAGUCAAGGACGUCAUCUACACAAAGGACAUGCCGACGCAGCACAACUCCCCGAUCUACAAGGACAGCACCGCCGGCACGGCCACGACCGAGUUCGCCGCCACCACAGAGGGGCCCGCGACAUGCAACCCGCACGACACGGGACGCACGCCCGGCGGGUCGAGCUCCGGGUCCGGCGCCGCCGUGGCGGACUUCCAGGCCGCGGUGGCGCUGGGCACGCAGACUGGGGGGAGCACCAUCCGGCCGGGGUCGUUUAAUGGCGUGUAUGCGUUCAAGCCGACGUGGAACUCGAUCACGCGGGAGGGGCAGAAGGUGUUCUCGCUCAUACUUGACACUUUUGGGGUGUAUGCUCGCUCCGUGGAGGACUUGGAGUUGCUGGCCGAUGUGUUUGAACUGCGGGAUGACGUGCCACCGUUCCCAGAAUCGGGAGGGCAAUUUUCUGUCAAGGGGGCCAGGCUCGCGUUCAUAAAGACCGUGGUAUGGGACGCUCACGUGGAGCCGGGCACUAAAGCGGCGAUGGCCAAGGCCGUUCAACUCCUGAAGGACCAUGGCGCUGAGGUGGAUGAGAUCGAGUUUCCGGACGACUUGAAGGAGUUGCCCAAGUGGCACACGGUUGUUUUCAAGACUGAUGGUCGGACUGCUUUCCUUCCGGAUUACCUUGUGGCAAAGGACCAGCUCCACGAACAGCUGCAUGAGCAUGUCGAGAACAGACACACGCACGCCGAGCAGCUGGAAGCAUUCGACCGCAUAGCCGCCGCCAGGCCAAAAGCGGAUGCCCUGCUGUCCAAGUAUGACGCAGUCUUGGCUCCAUCUGUCCCUGGCGAAGCACCCGUGGGCCUUAAGAGCACCGGGUCCGCGAUCUUCCAGUUGAUUUGGACUGCCCUCCACGUUCCAAUCAUCAACCUCCCUGGAUUCCAAGGAGAAAACGGUUUACCCGUCGGAAUCUCGCUUGUGGCACCAAGAUACCACGACCGGAAGCUGCUGGCAGCCAGCAGAUCGAUCGGGAAGAUCUUCGAGGAAGAAGGUGGCUGGAAGUCGGGACUGUAG